UACUUAGGAUGAAUUUGCAAGCUUUUUACAAACUAUGUGAAAUGUUAGAGAGCUUAGGAGGAUUAAAACCAACAAGGAACAUAGCUAUUGAUGAACAAGUAGCAAUCUUUUUGCAUAUUCUUGCUCAUCAUGUUAAAAAUCGAGUCAUUCAAUACAAUUUUAGAAGGUCAGGUGAGAGUAUCAGUCGGACGUUUCAUAAAGUGUUGAAUGCCAUAAUGCAUUUGCAAGGUCAUUUGUUUAGAACACCCGAACCCGUUCCAACAAAUUGUACCGACAAUCGAUGGAAGUAGUUUAAGAAUUGUUUAGGUGCUUUAGAUGGGACAUUUAUCAAGGUUAAUGUGCCAAGUUCGGUUAAGCCUAGAUAUCGAACUCGUAAGGGAGACAUUGUAACAAAUGUUUUAGGUGUGUGCACUCCUGAUAUGCAAUUUGUAUAUGUUUUAAGUGGUUGGGAAGGAUCAGUGGCAGAUAGUCGAGUUCUUCGUGAUGCAAUUAGUAGGACACAUGCAUUGAAAGUGCCACAUGCACAUAAUUAUGGCAACUGCUGACACGGGAAGCUCAAAAGUAAAGAACAGGAGGUGGACUCAUGAAGAUGAUGCUAUGCUAGUUUCUUGCAUGGUUGAUUUGCAUAAUAUGGGAACAAAAAAGUCUAAUACUGGAUUUAAAGCUGGCUAUUUGGUUGAGUUAGAGAAAAUGCUUGCAACUAAAUUACCUAACUCAAAUAUAAAAGCUAAACCACACAUUGAGUCCAGAGUCAAAACUUUGAAGAAAGAAUGGAGCAUUGUCCCUGAUCUGUUCACAAAUAAUAAUAGUGGAUUUGGAUGGGAUGAUGAAAGGAAGAUGGUUACUGCUGAAGAUGAUGUUUGGGAUGCUUAUUUAAGUAGCCAUAAAGAAGCUGCCCAAUAUAGAAGGAAAAACUUUCCUUUUUAUAAUGAGUUCAUUGAUAUUUAUGGAAAAGAUCGUGCUACGGGAAAAGAUUCACAAACUGGUGCAGAUAUAGUUUAUGAAAUGGGUAAUGCGGAACCUUUUGAAGGCAUUGGUGGAACAAUGGAAGGUAGUGAAGAUGAUAAUCCAGUUGAUUUGCAAGACAAUGAUAUCUCCUUUAUCCCGACUCAAACAUCAUCUGCUACAAAGAGGAAGAGGAAAAGCAUUGACACAUCUGACCCUAUUACUGCAGAUUCUUUGCUUACUGCUGCCAUGAUGUUGGGUGAGAAGUUAGAAUCUGUAGGAGACAAAAUAAGUAAAACUUUUGGGACCGAAUUGACUCUUCAACAAAAGAUUGAAGAAUUAGAGGAAAAGUUGAGUGAGAUUGAGGGGCUGCCAUAUGAUGACAAGUUUAUGACUAUGAUCAAGCUUCCCAAAUAUCAAAAUCAAAUGCUUAUGUUUUUUAGCCUUGCAGCGGACAAAAGGCUUGAAUGGGUGAAAAGGUUCCUUGCUGCAUAUUGAACAUGUUUGUGUGGCUAGAUGAAAUGUAUUGUUGUUUUUGGUGUCAAGUUAGAAAGUAUCCUGUUAUAAGUAUGAAGUUAGCUAUGUAAAAAUAUGAUGCUAGCUUUUUUUUG